GCGCGGGAUGGGAAGCGGCGGACUUGUGCUGCGGGUCUGAGAAACUGGUGUGGGUGUGUGAGGCGGAGACAAAUCCCAAACCGCUCGCCAAGCGGGCCAGGACUGGCUCCCCUAGACGGCUGGAGUCUGGGUCUGAUACCACCUACCCCGCCAGGCUGCCCGGGCGCUCCGCAGAGCCUGGCGCCCAGGACCAGGAAAGGACCGCCGAGCGUCCUCAGCUGGGGCCGCAGCCUGUAACGAGGGGGGCAGGGUAGCCAGGAGCCCCGUGCGCCGCUUCCCCAGCAGUUUCAGCUUCAGCUUCAGCGGGACUGGCUUGCUGUGAUCCCUCGCCGCUCUGCGCCGAGGUCCGCCUCUCCGGUCCCUCCGCCUUCCCGCGAGUUGCCUCCGCCUCCUUCCUCUGCCUCCACCCUCCACCCCCAACCCCGUCUGUCGGGAGCUGGGCUCGGAGCCCUCAGUCGGCCCGAGCUCUGGAUGUGGGUGCCAGAUAAGUCCACGGAGCCGAGCCUCAAGAUGGAUAGCCGCUACACCAGCACUGCGGGCCUCGGAGAUUUAAACCAGCUGAGCGCUACCAUCCCGGCCACACGAGUGGAGGUGUCGGUGUCUUGCAGAAAUCUUCUUGAUAGAGACACAUUUUCUAAAUCUGAUCCAAUUUGUGUCUUAUAUGUACAAGGAGUUGGAAAUAAAGAAUGGAGAGAGUUUGGAAGGACUGAAGUCAUUGAUAAUACUUUAAAUCCUGAUUUUGUAAGAAAAUUUAUUCUGGACUACUUUUUUGAAGAAAGAGAGAAUCUUCGUUUUGACUUGUAUGAUGUUGAUUCAAAGAGUCCGAACUUGUCCAAACAUGACUUUCUGGGACAAGUGUUUUGUACAUUGGGGGAGAUUGUUGGUUCACAGGGAAGUCGCCUGGAAAAGCCAAUAGUAGGAAUUCCAGGAAAGAAGUGUGGCACAAUCAUACUUACAGCGGAGGAAUUAAACUGUUGCAGGGACGCUGUUCUGAUGCAAUUUUGUGCAAACAAAUUGGACAAGAAGGACUUUUUUGGAAAAUCAGAUCCUUUUCUUGUAUUUUACCGAAGUAAUGAAGACGGAAGUUUUACAAUUUGUCAUAAAACAGAAGUUGUAAAAAACACUCUGAAUCCUGUGUGGCAAGCAUUCAAGAUCUCAGUCCGAGCUUUAUGUAAUGGCGAUUAUGACAGAACUAUCAAAGUAGAGGUGUAUGACUGGGAUCGAGAUGGGAGUCAUGAUUUCAUUGGCGAAUUUACAACAAGCUAUAGGGAACUUUCUAGAGGGCAGUCACAAUUCAAUGUAUAUGAGGUGAUAAAUCCCAAAAAGAAAGGGAAAAAGAAGAAAUACACUAAUUCAGGAACAGUCACCUUACUCUCUUUCUUGGUAGAAACAGAAGUUUCAUUCCUUGACUAUAUUAAGGGAGGAACGCAAAUCAAUUUCACAGUGGCCAUUGAUUUUACAGCAUCAAAUGGCAACCCUGCCCAGCCUACUUCACUUCACUACAUGAAUCCUUAUCAACUGAAUGCCUAUGGAAUGGCAUUGAAAGCAGUGGGAGAAAUCGUUCAAGAUUAUGACAGUGAUAAAAUGUUCCCAGCUUUAGGUUUUGGUGCAAAACUGCCUCCAGAUGGAAGGAUAUCUCAUGAGUUUGCUUUGAAUGGGAACCCUCAAAACCCCUACUGUGAUGGCAUUGAGGGUGUCAUGGAGGCUUAUUAUAGGAGUCUGAAAUCUGUACAACUGUAUGGGCCAACCAACUUUGCUCCUGUAAUUAAUCAUGUAGCAAGAUAUGCUUCUUCUGUAAAGGAUGGCUCCCAAUAUUUUGUGCUCCUGAUUGUAACAGAUGGUGUUAUUUCAGAUAUGGCUCAAACUAAGGAGUCCAUAGUUAAUGCUUCAAAACUUCCAAUGUCUAUAAUCAUAGUAGGUGUUGGACCAGCAGAAUUUGAUGCAAUGGUUGAAUUGGAUGGAGAUGAUGUAAGAGUUUCCUCCAGAGGAAGAUAUGCUGAAAGGGACAUUGUGCAGUUUGUGCCAUUCAGGGAUUAUGUCGACAGAAGCGGAAACCACAUACUGAGCAUGGCUAGAUUGGCUAAAGAUGUCCUAGCGGAGAUCCCUGAGCAGUUUCUCUCCUACAUGAGGGCCAGAGGAAUCAAGCCAUCACCUGCACCUCCCCCAUACACUCCACCUACACAUGUGUUACAGACUCAGAUAUGACUGUACUCCAAAAUGCUGAUGUGACUACGCUUCGGUUAGAACUGCUGAGUCCAUACUUUGCUCCUGGUGCUCUAUAAUGAACCAGGGACUGAGACACUUUUCUCAGUUUGGUUUCAGCAGUAUUGGUUAACAUGCUUUCUUGAAUCCAAAAUUAAUUAUCUUCCUAAACCAAAACUGUAAAUAUGGUUGUUGCAUGAGCAACAGAAAUAUUGUUUAAAUGCUUAAAGCAAAAUAUGGAUGUCUUCUCUGAAUCUUUAAAUGUUUUUUGGACAGAAACAGCUAUUUCCAAUGUAUUGUUGGGAACAAGCACAAGCUAUGUUUUUAAAUCAAAUAUUGCCCUCGACUGCUGUAUGUAUAGGAAAGCAGUCUCUCUGUAUCAAUGUUUACAUGUUACUACUUUUUAACUCUCAAUACUUUUAUAACUGUUCUUAAGAAUACAAAUUUUGAAUAUUGAAUCCUUUGUCUUCUAAAUUGCAAUAGCUAUAAUCACAAGAGCAAUAUCUCUUUGAAUGACUGGACAAAUGCAAUUGUGAGCAAGGGAAGGGAAAGAUUCUUUCAUGUCUCUCAGUAAGUGAGUUGUCUUAUGAAGCUGCAUUUGCUUAGUAAUCAGUUCCUCUGUGCUAUUUGCCAAGUAUGGGAGUUUACACUUAGCAGAUGUGUAUCCUGAAAGCACAUGCAUUUUUCAUGCAGUUUGGGUUCUGAAUUUAGACUACAGUUUGUUUAUGUUUUGUAAUGCUAAGUAGAAAUAAUAAAAAGUCAAAUAUAGUGACCUGUAAAUGCACAGAAUAUACUUUGUGUAAAAAAGUAACGUCUUUAUACUAUGGUCUACAAUACUAUGUAGAAAGGUUAAAGCCCAGAAUAUUUAACUGUAAACCAUGUAGCAGAUGUUUUAAACUUUUUAUUUCAUUAUACCUUGUCUAGAUAUUUUAAUUCAAAGGGAUACUGGCUCUCUUAAUUUGUAUUUCUUUCCAAGUUGCCACACAAGGUGCACAGGCUGGAAGUUUUUUGUCAAAAAUUCCCAGUUAAAUAUACACAACCAUGUGACUUAGUGCACAAUACAUUUGUGAAAAAACCUGCUCCUAUAUACUGAUCUGUCUGUCCACAGUUAAUUGUAAAGAGUUUUUGCAUGUACAGUUUUUACAAGAACUACAGUUUUGUGUCAAGAAUGACAGUCGUAUCUAAAUUAAAGCAUUUCUUUAGAACAAAUGGCCUUAAAUUCUCACAAAAUUCCUGGAUAUGAUUGUGAAUUGCCUUUAAAUAAGAGAAAAGUGUAUUUAUUUUUUUGUGUGUGUGUCAACUUUAUAAUAUUUGCCUCACUUACCCUAUCUACAACUCGGUUUAUUUCUACUAUAUCUCAUUCUUUUUGUCCCAAGUGGACUUAGUGACUUUUAUAAGCAUGAAACUAUUUUACUGAAAAGAAAAAUAUAUCCAUUCACAUAUCUAAGCGUAUCAAUGUUAUAUAAUUAUGUAAUCCUAAAUGGUCCAUUUUUAGGUAUAUAUUAAAAUUUUUAAAAGGAUAAGUAUUUGCUCUGUAAAUUUUAUGUCUGAAUGACAUGGGGUCUGAUGAUUUCCUUUACUGGUCUUAAAUAUUUAUGCUAGUAUAGUUUAUUAACCUACAAUUUUUUUAUCAGUUCAAAAAACAAAAAUAAAUAAGAUCAAUAUUCUUUCUUGUCCAACAUCAGUUAUUUUUCUUUGAAUUGAUGAGAUAAAAUGAAAGCUGUACAUUUCCAUAUCUAAAUUAUAGAUUGCCCAAACCUAGUGAGGGCAGAUGGUUAAUAAACAAUCUCAGUUACAAACUUUAUCCUUUGUAUGGCUGAGAAUAAUCAUCAGAAACAUAUGUGAUGUUAGUUCUGUAUGUAAGAUUAGAAAAUACCUAGACUUGUCUGUUUGUUGCAUCAAUGAAGAAACCAAAACUGAAGAGGUUGGGUGAUUUAUCCAAGACUGUAUAACUUGAGUAGAGCUCGUUACCGUUGUGAAAAUAACUACUUAAACUUUUGGACUAGUUGUCAAGGGAUAUACAAUGAAAAAUCCCAGAGACAUAGUCCAUAAACACAAAUGCAUUCCAAAAGUUGCACAUUCAAAUUCAGGUAUCAGGGAUAUCCAAACAGUAGGCAGAUGAGCAGUGAGAAAGAUGUAUAUUAAGAGAAGAGUGAUAGCUCCAAGUCAUCAAACCUGCUACAAAAAAAAAAAAAAAACAGACUAUGAUGGGUACCCUCUAGAACCCCGAAGGCUUUGGGUGCUGUCCUCUCUCUCUAAUCUCAUUUUUUUCCUUGCUGAUGAAAAUCAUUUUAACUCCAGAAUGAACCUUCAGCCUUCUAUUCAGGCAUCUCUAUCAUCUGGCUUUACCCAGUUAUAUAUCCCAUUGCUUCCUAAAUGAAUAUUAAGACUAUCUGGUCCUCUCUCAUCACUCUUCCACAACCAAUCUAAUUCAUUUGGAGUCACAGGCAUAGUUCAUAUUUUUUCCUUCCAUCAAUCAAGCUCUCUCCUUAGGCCUUCAUCUAGAAUAUCCUUUGCAUGUUCUAGCUCAAGCCCUAACUUCUCCCAACCAUGGUCUUUUAAUCAGCUGACAAUAAUCAGUACCUUCUAUGAACUCAUCUUUAUGUUGCAUUUUAACAUAUUAAUCACUCAUAUUAUACAUAAACAGUUUUACUUUAUCUGGGGCAUCUUGUCUUCCCCAAAUUAGAGAAUGUGAUUUACUAGCACUUGAAAUAAGUAAAUUUUCAAGGAUUCCUAGGAAACUGUAAUAUGUAACUAAGGUGUAUAACUGCUGCAAAUAAGAACAUCAGAUGACUCAAUCACUACUUUUAAAAUUCUCUCUUCCAGCGUGUAACAUGGCGAGAAAAGAAAAAGUAGAUAUGACUCUAAAUUGUGUUGGGGAUAGGAGAGACAAGAGUGGAAGCAGGUUUGGAGCAUAGGCUGUUCUGUUUAUUAGACUUGGUGAAGAUAAGUCGAUGGACUCAUGCACUUUUUUAUUACUGUGCCCUAUCAUCAAUUUAGGACAUAAAGAGGUUUCUCUCAUAAGGAUGAGGCUGAGGUGCUUGUUUUCUUAAGAAGAUGGACAACUGCCAAAGAUUUUCCUGGGAGCAUGCCUUGUCCUUUGAGCUUAUGUAUAUUUUAACUGUUUUAUGCCUUUGUGUUACUUUUACCCAUAAUUGACCCAAAAUGACAAGAUACUUAAUAAAAAUUCACUUGCAGACUAA